AUGGGGAGAUCCGCUAACGUGAAUGCCUCCGUUGGUUCAAUUUCCUCGUUAGUGUCUAGAGAGAUGAGUUGCAGCCUUAAUCUACCGGCAGUCAUUACCUGUGUUCCGCCCACCGUGCUCACUGCUAACGACGUCGCACCUUUAGCCAGUUGGUGUUUGUCGGCAAACCGCUCUUUCACCAAAGCGGUGUCGGAUCCACUAUCAACGAAAGCCAACGCCUUGACUAUCCCAAUCGGAGUCACUACUCCCACGGCCACUACGCCUAAACGUACCGGUUUACUGGCAGAUUGUGAAGUUGAACAAAUCACGCUGGGUUUGGUACUCGCCUCGGAUAUGGUUACUCUCGCCUGA